AUGAAAGCCUUAAGUGUUUGCUUUUUGAGUUGUUUCGUUAUUGUUCUACAUUUAUAUUGGAAAUCAUGUACGAUACAUGCUGCAGAUUUCUCGACUAUAAUUUCAGAUCUUCAAGACUCUAUUCUUCAGUACAACAUCGCUCCAACAUUAACGUUCACAACUGUUGAAUCAACUCAAAAUUUAACCAGCUCGUCUGUGGUGGAGAAUACUCGACUGCAAUUUGCUCGAGGAGUCGCAAAGCUCUCCAUGUUCCUGGAGCAUAAGAUGAGAUGUAAUUGUAGAAUGCACAAAACAAUUUUCGAACAAAAGCAAUGUAUUGAUAACUAUUCACAUUAUGAUAUCUUUCUUACAAAAGUCAAAUGUGAAACAUGUUUAGGAGCAGCGUCCUAUUUGAAAGCACUACGUUCAUUAGACGAGAACAAGACGUGUGUGGCAGCAAUGAAUUCUGUGUGCUACCCUUUCCGUGACAACCUUAGCUCGGUAGGGGUUGCAUGCAGGCAAUUCUCCUCAAAGUUUUGUGGAAUUCCAAUGAUUGAAAGUAUUGUCGAUGUAAGCUCGACGCCAACAGACGUUUGUGUUGGCCAAUCCUUUUGCAAAUAA